AUGGCAGCUUCGUGGUCCUUGGUUGUGCGCCCGGCCGUGGCCCACACGGCCAUCCCGCUGCCAGCUGCUGUUGAGCGGCUAUCCCGUCACUGCGUGCGUCGUGUUUGUGACAAUGCGUCCACUCGUAAAUGGCACAACUCGCUUGGCUAUUCCCGUCGCACGGCGGCGUCGUCCGUGUCAGCCUCACCCUUGUCUUCCUCACUUGCCCUGACCGUGCUGCCCCGCCACGCCGCCAAGUCACUACAGCUCGUGCGCCACGCUUCGGUUUUCUCUGGCCCUGCGCCUUCCCAGCCGUCCUCCACCGUCCAGACUACCGCUGCAUUCUCCACCAAGGUUCUCCCACCGACCACGCCAUACGCCAAGCUCACUGUGGGCGCGCCUCGUGAGAUCUUCCCCAACGAGCGCCGUGUGGCCCUGACGCCACAGAAUGUCACUCUUCUCCUCAAGAAGGGCUACGGGCGCAUCAUUGUUGAACGCGGCGCCGGCGCCGAGGCUGGUUUCCUCGAUGCCACAUACCAACAGGCCGGUGCCACUAUUGUGGACAACGCUGCUGCCAUCUGGAAGGAGGCCGACAUUGUGCUCAAGGUCCGCGGCCCGACGCUGACCGAGGCUGGCAAUGCUCGUGCCGGCCAGACCCUUAUCUCAUUUAUUCAACCCGUUCAGAACAAAGAGCUUGUGGACCUUUUGGCUGCCCGCAAGGUCACCAGUUUCGCCAUGGACAUGAUCCCCCGUAUCUCUCGUGCCCAGGUCUUUGAUGCUCUUAGUUCCAUGGCCAACAUUGCCGGUUACAAGGCCGUCCUCGAAGCGUCCAACCACUUUGGCCGCUUCCUGACUGGCCAGACCACCGCUGCCGGCAAGAUCCCGCCUAGCAAGGUUCUCGUUAUUGGUGCCGGUGUGGCUGGUUUGAGUGCCAUUGUCACGGCCCGCCGUAUGGGCGCCAUUGUACGCGGUUUCGACACCCGGCCCGCUACCCGCGAACAGGUCCAGUCACUUGGUGCUGAGUUCAUCGAGGUCGAGGGUGUUGAGGAGGACGGCUCCGGCGCUGGCGGUUACGCUAAGGAGAUGUCCAAGGCGUUUCACGAUGCCGAGAUGAAGCUGUUUUCCGAGCAGGCCAAGGACGUCGACAUUAUCAUUACCACGGCCCUGAUUCCCGGCAAGCCUGCGCCCAAGCUGCUCCCAACCUACGUUAUUGACAACAUGAAGCCUGGCUCUGUGAUUGUCGAUCUGGCGGCGGAAGCUGGCGGAAACUGCGAGCAGACUGUACCCGGCCAGCUGGCCACGUACAAGGGCAUCACCAUUAUCGGUUACACCGACAUGCCCUCGCGCCUACCUACCCAGUCCUCCACCCUGUACUCAAACAACGUUACCAAAUUCCUGCUGUCCAUGGCUCCUUUGGAGAAAGAAUACGGCGUCGACUUUGCUGACGAGGUCGUCCGCGGUUCCAUUGUCACGCAAAACGGCGAGAUUGUCCCCACGGCUCCGCGCCCUGCGCCGCCACCACCGCCAGCCAAGCCCAAGGAGGCCGUGGUGGAGGAGGUCGUCGCCUUGACGCCCUUCCAGAAGGUGUCGCGUGAAGUCAGUCUCGUGACUGGUGGAAUGACCGGUGCGCUCGCGCUCGGUAAGCUGACCGGCCCGCUGUUUAUGAGCAACGCCUUCAUCUUCGGUCUGGCCUCGCUUAUCGGUUACCGCAUUGUUUGGGGUGUCCAGCCCGCGCUGCACUCGCCCCUCAUGAGCGUCACCAAUGCGAUUUCUGGUAUGGUGGGUGUUGGUGGCUUCUUCAUCCUCGGCGGUGGCUACCUGCCCGAGACCAUUCCGCAAAUGUUCGGUGCCGCAUCCGUCCUGCUGGCUUUCGUCAACAUCUCUGGUGGCUUUGUCAUCACCAAGCGUAUGCUCGACAUGUUCAAGCGUCCCACUGAUCCGCCAGAGUAUCCUUGGCUGUACGGCAUCCCCGCCACGCUCUUCACGGGUGGUUUCAUUGCCGCCGCGUCAACGGGUGCUGCAGGCCUUGUCCAGGCCGGCUACCUUGUCAGCUCGCUGCUCUGCAUUGGUUCCAUAUCCUCUCUUGCGUCCCAGACCACCGCCCGCAUGGGUAAUAUUCUCGGUAUCCUCGGCGUCGGCUCAGGUGUUAUUGCUUCGCUGCUGGCCGUUGGCUUUACCCCGGAAGUGCUCACCCAGUUCGCUGGCCUGGCCGUGGUUGGUGGUCUUGCUGGUCUCCUGAUUGGUCGCCGCAUCACGCCCACAGAUCUUCCUCAGACCGUCGCCGCCCUGCACUCCGUCGUCGGUCUGGCUGCCGUCCUCACCAGCAUCGGCAGUGUCAUGGCCGAUGUCAGCCACGCCAGCACGCUGCACCUCGUCACGGCCUACCUGGGUGUGCUCAUUGGUGGCGUUACAUUCACGGGCUCCAUUGUCGCCUUCAUGAAGCUCUCGGGCCGUGCUUCGUCGCGGCCGCUGAUACUGCCGGGCCGCCAUCUCAUCAACUCGGGUCUGCUGGCCGGUAAUGUUGCCACGAUGGGUGCGUUCCUGGCCAUGGCCCCCGGUUCGCCGACUAUUGCUGCAGGUGCACUCGCGGCCAACACAGCCAUGUCGUUCUUAAAGGGAUACACGACUACAGCCGCCAUUGGCGGUGCCGAUAUGCCCGUUGUCAUUACAGUGCUGAAUGCCUACAGUGGAUUCGCACUCGUGGCCGAGGGAUUCAUGUUGGACAAUCCACUGCUCACCACAGUGGGUGCAUUAAUUGGUGUAUCGGGUUCCAUUCUAUCGUACAUUAUGUGCGUAGCCAUGAACCGAUCACUGACGAAUGUGCUCUUUGGCGGCAUUGGCACAACGGCACCGGCUGCCGACGGCGAGCAGAAAAAGAUUGAAGGCACGGUGGUCCAGACGAACGUCGAAGAGACGGCCGAGAGUUUGGUGAAUGCCGAGUCCGUCAUUAUCGUGGUGGGCUACGGCAUGGCCGUCGCUAAGGCGCAGUACGCAAUCGCCGAGAUUACGCAGAUGCUUCGGUCCAAGGGGGUGCAGGUACGCUUCGCCAUCCACCCGGUGGCCGGCCGCAUGCCGGGCCAGUGCAACGUGCUGCUGGCCGAGGCGUCGGUGCCGUACGACAUUGUGCUGGAAAUGGACGAGAUCAAUGACGACUUUAGCGACACGGACCUGACGUUGGUGAUUGGCGCCAACGACACGGUCAACCCGAUUGCGCUGGAGCCGGGCAGUCCGAUUGCUGGCAUGCCGGUGCUGCACGCCUGGAAGAGCAAGCAGGUGAUUGUGAUGAAGCGUGGCCUGGCGAGCGGCUACGCGGACGUGCCGAACCCGAUGUUCUACAUGCCGGGCACGCGGAUGCUCUUUGGCGAUGCCAAGGUGACAUGUGAUGCCAUCAAAUCUGCCAUCGAGAGCAAGUAG